CCGGCAACGAUAGACGACAGUUCUCUCUGAUCUUAAGUGCAGCAACGAUAAAUAUAUCCACAGUGUCCGGCUGGUGGGAGGCUAUACUAAAUCCAAUUUAUCCAAAUUAAAAACGAACAAAAAAAUUAAUUAUUGUUGUGCGUUAAUUGAUUAUUUUGGCAAAAUGGCUGCUACUCGUGAGCAAGCCAGAUGCCAGCAAUGAGCCAGUUGGGAGAGAAGCGUGAACAGUCUUACACUGAAGUAAGCUCCUUCCAGAUUAGCGACGGCUUAUCGCGCAAUAUGGAACCGGUGAAAACGGGUCGCAUCUUUUUGGCCGCUGUGGCAGCCAACUUAUCUGCGUUUGUUGUGGGCACCUGCCUGGGCUGGACAUCGCCCAUUGGACCCAAACUGAAGGCCGAAGAUACCUCAGAUUCGCCCUUGAGCCGGCCCAUCACGGGCGAUGAGGAUGCCUGGAUAUCUUCGCUAAUCGCCAUUGGCGCCCUGCUGGCACCCUUUGUCGCCGGCCCUCUGGCCGAUCGCAUUGGACGCAAGUGGGUGCUGCUCUCCAGCAGCGUAUUCUUUGUGCUCGCCUUUCUGCUCAACAUGGUGGCAUCCGAGGUAUGGAUCCUGUAUCUAUCUCGCUUGGUUCAGGGCUUCGGCGUGGGCUUCGUGAUGACCGUGCAGCCCAUGUAUGUGGGCGAGAUUUCCACUGACAAUGUGCGCGGCGCCACCGGCUCACUAAUGCAGCUCUUCAUUGUUUCUGGCAUUCUGUUUGAUUAUGCCAUCGGCCCUUUUGUGUCCUACCAGGCGCUGCAGUGGUGCUGCGUGGUGGUGCCCAUUAUCUCGGAUGUGGUGUUCUUCUUCAUGCCCGAGAGCCCCUACUACUUGGCCGGCAAGGGCCGCAAGACGGAUGCGCUGCGUUCGUUGCAGUUUCUGCGCGGCCAGAGCGCCGAGGGUGUGCACGACGAGAUGACGACUAUACAGGCCAACGUGGAGGAGGCCAUGGCCAGUAAGGGCACUGUCAUGGAUCUGGUGAAGAAUCCCAGCAAUCGCAAGGCCCUGUUCAUUUGCGCCGGUCUCAUCAGCUUCCAGCAGCUCUCCGGCAUCAAUGUGGUGCUCUUCAACAGCCAGUCGAUCUUUGCCAGCGCCAACACUGGCCUGGAUCCGGCCAUAGCCACGAUUAUUAUUGGUUGCGUACAGGUCAGCUCCUCGGGCCUUACACCCAUCGUAGCGGAUCGCCUGGGCAGGAAGGUAUUGCUACUCAUCUCGGCCAGCGUGAUGAGCGUCGGUCUGGCAGCUCUGGGCUUCUUCUUCUACAUGCAGCUGGUUGUGGGUGACGUUUCGAGUGUGGUUUGGCUGCCGGUGCCCGCAUUGAUCAUCUACAAUAUUGUCUACUGCACGGGCUUUGGUCCAUUGCCCUGGGCUGUGCUGGGCGAGAUGUUUCCUGCUAAUAUCAAAUCAGCUGCCUCCUCCGUGGUGGCCAGCACCUGCUGGAUUCUCGGCUUUCUGGUCACACGCUAUUAUCCGGCGCUCGAUGCACUUGGCUCCUAUUAUGCAUUCUGGCUCUUUGCUGGCUUCUGUGUGGUGGCCUUCUUCUUUGUGCUGUUUGUCGUGAUGGAGACCAAGGGCCUGAGUCUGCAACAGAUCCAGGAUCGUCUAAACGGCAAGCGUAACUAGUUCUAAUCGUUAUGUACAGGCUGUUAAGUGUAGCCUUGCUGAUCCUAUAUGUAUAAGUUGUAUAUGCAAGUAUUUUAUUGCCUACUUUUAAGAAUAUUGUUUAAUUGUUAUAUAUAUAUUAUUGUUUCACUAAAAAUAUCAAAAAACA